GUGCUGGGCUUCGGUGUCUUCUGGGCAGCCGCCUCCCUCUGACCUGCCCGGCGGGAACCACCCGAGCCGAGCCGCGGGGCCCGCUCCGGCCCGGCCAUGAGCGCGGCCGCAUGAUGCAUCCCUGCCCCGGCCGCUGCAGUCGCCGCCGCCGCCGCUGCAGGCCGGGAGGAGCCGCAGCGCCGGGCGACCCCGCCCGGGCCUCGGAUCCUAUCACAUAGACAGUAUGCACCUGAGGGUCCUGAAGAAAAGGCGCAAAACAUUCAAGUAAUGUCUGGAAACCGUUUGUGAGUGGGUUUACAGACUUGGUCUAAAGCGCACAGGGGUUAUGCGGCAGCGUCCACACACACGCCUCUAGGAAGGCCCUGCCGUGCCCAGGGUCCCCUGGCUUUGUGGUUACUCUUCCUGCAUGAAUGGACCUGCCACCUGUACCCCAGGUGGAGUCCCACCAGGGCUGCACCCUGCUCUGUGCCAGUUCUCACCACUUCCUCAGCCGGGAAGGGUAAGUGGCAUGGGCUCAGGUGUCCAGCGUGGGGGCCUCCAGAAGACUCAGGGGGUCCUGCUUUCUAGAUGGAACUCAGACUGCACAAGCAUUGUGCUCUGACAAAAGGCUCGUCUGUCUUUGGACAUGUGGCUCUGCAGCUUAUUGUCCGACUGCCCAGCAAGCAAGCACCCUUUUCUCCUAGAAGGUGUCCUAUUUGAGGAGUGACCGUAAAGCAGAGGGGUUCUGGUCGGAGGAAGAGUUCAGCUUCAGGCCGUGCUGUACACUUGUGAUCCCCUAGGGAGCUGUUUGAGUCUGAGAGAGGUGCCACCUUCUUGUUGUGUGCCUGUAAACAAGCGUGCGCCUGCUGUGGGCCCAGCCGUGUGCAGGCCCCAAGAGGGAGCACAGCGAGGGAAGGCCAGGCCCUUCCUCUGCGGGCCGACAGUCACUCAGGGAGGGAAGAUGCAGGAGCUCUCCCGAGGUCGACAGUGAUUGUCGUGUCUGCUGUUGAGAGACCCCUUUCAAAGUGCUCUCCAGAGGAAGGAGAAGGACCUGUUCAGGAUGGCCUGCUUCGAGGAGAGAAGCGUUAGGCCCUGACGGGGUGUGUCGGGGAAACCAUGCCGUCAUCAGGACACCGGCUCCGGGAUGUCGAACACCACCCUCUCCUGACUGAAAAUGACAAUUACGACUCCUCAUCCUCCUCUUCCUCCGAGGCUGACGUGGCAGACAGGGUCUGGUUCAUCCGCGACGGCUGCGGGAUGAUCUGUGCCAUCAUGACGUGGCUCCUGGUCGUCUAUGCGGACUUUGUGGUGACGUUUGUCAUGCUGCUGCCUUCCAAAGACUUCUGGUACUCUGUGGUCAACGGAGUCGUGUUCAACUGCUUAGCGGUGCUCGCCCUGUCAUCUCACCUGAGGACCAUGCUCACCGACCCUGGGGCAGUACCCAAAGGGAAUGCAACGAAAGAGUACAUGGAGAGCCUGCAGCUGAAGCCCGGGGAGGUGAUCUACAAGUGCCCCAAGUGCUGCUGCAUCAAGCCGGAGCGCGCCCACCACUGCAGUAUUUGCAAACGAUGUAUUCGGAAAAUGGAUCAUCACUGCCCAUGGGUGAACAAUUGUGUAGGAGAAAAGAAUCAGAGAUUUUUUGUGCUCUUCACUAUGUACAUCGCCCUGUCUUCAGUCCACGCUCUGAUCCUCUGUGGCCUCCAGUUCAUCUCCUGUGUCCGAGGGCAGUGGACUGAAUGCAGUGACUUCUCACCUCCAAUCACUGUCAUCCUGUUGGUCUUCCUGUGCCUUGAGGGUCUUCUGUUUUUCACUUUCACGGCAGUGAUGUUUGGCACCCAGAUCCACUCCAUAUGCAACGAUGAGACGGAGAUUGAGAGACUGAAAAGUGAGAAGCCGACAUGGGAGCGGAGGCUGCGAUGGGAAGGGAUGAAGUCUGUCUUUGGGGGGCCCCCGUCUCUGCUCUGGAUGAAUCCCUUUGUUGGCUUCCGGUUUCGGCGCCUGCAAAUGAGACCCAGAAAAGGAGGCCCCGAGUUCUCUGUGUGAGGCCUCUCGCCAUGCUGGAACUUGUCAACCGACUUUAAAUUAUUUAUUGGGGUCUGAGAGGGUAUCAUCAGCUCGUCUGUGACCAAUAGGGCAAAUGGAACCACACACACCAGUUGCUUGCAGCAAGCAGAGUUUUAUAUAUUUAUAGUCACGGAUGGCAGAUUUCCAAACUCGUAACCAGAUGAUGCUCUAAUCACUUCUCACCUCUACAACUAACGAAGGGCGUGCGGCCGCUCGCAGGGCCCAGUGUCGUCAUCUUCCUGCACAGUCAGGACUUUUGUUAAGAAUAUUUGCAUUUUCUAAGAAGUUGUGUGGGCUAUUCCAUGGGUUACUAAAAUCCUCUGUGCUGAGCUGCUUUUCUCAAUCGUGAAGAGAAAACGUCAAUCCAGUGAGCGAGAACUCCAGUGGUCUCAGGGGCCCCCGCUGGCUCCGUGGUCCAGUAGCGCAGCGCCGAUCAAGGGCUUUGGCAGACAAGGACACGUUGGUCUCAGUUAGCUCUGACCCUUUGCACUGAAUGUGACCUGUGCACUGAGCAGCGAUGGCGGCUUCAGGUACACUCCCCACUGCCCCGCAGAGGUGUUCUUGACCCUUUCGGCACGUCUGUGUGUGUGCGUGUCUGUGUGUGUGUGCGUGUGCAUGUGUGUUUUCAAAUUGGCAGUGUUGUUGAGGCAACGUGACAUUUGGUGGCUGUGUGCAGCAAGCAGACUGUUUCAGAAACCGACGUUUCAGGGAAGAGGGGAGAGCUGCCUCGGGUCCCCCGGGCUUCCCGUGAAUGUAUUGCACGGCGGAAAGUGUCUUGAUCCAAAGAACGGUCAUUCCUGUGUGCUCCUUUCUUGCCCUCCUGUUUUGAUUUUAUUUUCAAAAUCUGGAGUGCGUGAGGGCCUUGGAACUGGCUUUUUUUGUUCCAGCCAAAUUCGCAGCGUGCAGACGGCAGCUCAGGGGAGAAGAGCGGAGCCUCGGGGCACCUGGGCCCUUGUGCAGCUUGAAGCUGCACAGCUUGGCGGGCGUGUCCCUGGGGAAAUCCCGAGAGAUGGCGGUGGCCUUUGUGCCUCGCUGGGAGAGUGAGGGGACCGCAGGGCCCGAGCCCCCGCCUCUGUGUGCCUCAGUUGCAGAGAAUAUUCAGGAUGGCAGCAGCCUGUUUGAGGGAGUUUUUCUUUUGUAUCGUUUAUGUUGUGUCUCCACCUGUGUCACAGGUGAUACGGUAGGCCCCUGGGUGCGGAGCUCACCGUUCCGCCAGAGAGCCAACAGCUCCCCUCCCUGGGGACUUGCCUUAACUUGCCUGGUUGGCACGCGUCUGCGGGCGCACGAGGAGGCGGUCUGUGGUGGAGCGGGGUUUCCUGUGAGGCUGCCUCCCGCGCUGGAAGGGCGUGCGUCCCUCCUGUUCCGGACGCCUUUCUGUCCGUCUGUGGAACUUUGUUUUUGUGUUUAAUCCGGACCCCGUCCCAAUCAGGGCUCCCACCACUGCUGAUGCAAAACCGCAAAGGGACCUACUCGUGAUGCGGUCGUGGCCCAGUCCACAGGCCGCAGGGCGUUUGUGAGAUGGACUGUCACUGCAGAGAUGUGCGAGCCAUGCGGGGACGGACCAUGUCACAGCCAGAGGGACAGAGCACCGAGGGAACCAGCGGGCGGUCCCGGGGCAGGCGCGUUUCCGGGGGCUGUUCGGCCUAUGCAUUUGCACAUCUCUCGUCUGGGGUGGACAGUGGACUGGGCUUCACCGUGAGGCUUUCAAUAUGUGUAUCCUGUUGAUCAAUAAAACUCCUGAAGUGGUUGAACCCUGUGA